UAACGAGCCUCUCUGCAGCCUGUAUAAAUCAUAUAUACCCAACAUUAAGCUUACUGGGUUUUCUUUUCUUGGGUAUGUUCCAACCUGACGCUUGAUCAAGAUGUCGUAUAUGCUUCCACAUCUCCACAAUGGCUGGCAAGUCGACCAGGCAAUUUUGUCCGAGGAAGAUCGUGUUGUGGUCAUCAGAUUUGGUCAUGACUGGGACCCCACAUGUAUGAAAAUGGAUGAGGUGUUGUAUAGCAUCGCGGAAAAGGUGAAGAACUUUGCUGUUAUUUAUCUGGUGGACAUUACUGAAGUGCCAGAUUUUAAUAAGAUGUAUGAGUUGUAUGAUCCAUGUACAGUCAUGUUCUUUUUCAGGAACAAGCACAUCAUGAUUGAUCUUGGUACUGGUAACAACAACAAGAUCAACUGGACAAUGGAGGACAAACAGGAGAUGAUAGACAUUGUGGAAACCGUCUAUAGAGGCGCGAGGAAAGGAAGAGGUCUCGUGGUGUCUCCGAAGGAUUACUCCACCAAAUACAGAUACUAAUCUGUCAAACCUCUGGACUUCUUUUGGAUGCGGAUUACAGACACAUUGGUCAAGUCUUCACUGAACUUUAAGGCAACUUGGACUGUGGAGUGGCCUUGGCAAAGAUCAUGUGGUGCCCCCUUCUUCUUGUUGUUGAUGUUUUUGUUGUUGUUGUUUUCAAAAUUGCAAUAAUGACUUAUGAUGAGCUGAACAUUUUCUGUUUGGAUGUAUUUCUUCCUACAUUGUGUUUCUAACUUA